AAAUUCCCUUUAAAAUUUUACAUCCUUUGUUUGUUUGUAUACUCUUUUCAUAGAAAGGGAAAGUAAAAUUAUUCAUUUGAGUGAUCGACGAUUAACAAGGCAACCACACUGUGGUCUUCAGUGACAGCAAGAAACUAUAUAUGGAGUUUUGGGGUAAUGCCUUGAGUUGUUUUCUGUGUUGCCAAGAUGAGAUUGAUGAUACUUUCUACAUAGAUAUCAAUAUUAUAAGUAGCAUUAAAAAUACCUUCAAAAGGGGCUCUCCAUCUGAUCAUGAUGGUUCUGUUAGGACUAGCAGUUCUUCUAGUAACAAUUACCAAGUAAUACAUAAUUGGGAUUAUCCUAAUGUAGUUCAACAAGAAUCUAAUCAUAAUAGAUCUUCUUAUGCUCAAAAUCAAGCUCAUGUGGACUUAGAAAGGAGUCAGUUGCAAGCGCUAUUGAAUAGACAUCUAUUAUCAUCAUCAACAACAUAUACUUUUUCUGCUAAUCGAUCUUCCAGUUCUUCAUCUAAACUCCCUCAUUCUUCUAGUUAUAAUCCACCUUCAAGGCCUGCAGCUUCGUCGUCUAAGGUACCAUCUUCCUCUGAAUCGAAUUCUUCAUCUACAUUUCCUCAAUCUUCCACUAAAAAUUCAUCUUCAAAGCCUACAACUUCUUCCUCUAAGGUUCCAUCUUCCUCUGAAUCUAAUUCAUCCCCCCAUAAGAUCCCUCCAACCUUCAAGCCUUUUCUGUCCCCUACUUCUCCAAGUGUUUCAACAAAACAACUAGGAAAAACAAAUUACGUGUUGGAAGAGAACGAUUCAUUACCGUUGUACAUAAUUCCUGAGGAUAUUAAGGAUUUGAUAAAGAAGGGCAUUGUGCCAGAAAUCCUUAAGAAGAUCCUGUCGCCCACAAGAUACAAGGAUUACUUUUCUGCUCUUUUAUAUGCUGAAGACUAUUACUAUGAGAAAUGGAACGAUUAUAAACUGUUGGAUGUCACAUUAGAGUUGCGUAAAGAAACAAUUUCUAAGAACAAGAAUAUCAAUGAAAAAGAGGAUAAACAGUUUGUGGCAUUCAAGAUGGAUGCUAUCCCUGAGAGACGGCCAUUUCUUUUGUCAAGGGAUUUGGUUUUUGCACGACCUUCAGGAACCAAAGUCGAGCCCUUUCAAGGAACAAUUUAUCGAGUGAAGCAUAGCAAUACAGUGCUCGUCGAAUUCAACGACAACUUCAACAGGCAGUAUCACCCAAACAAAAGGUACGACAUCAGUUUCUCAUUCAACAGAGUCAAUCUCAAAAGAGCUCACCAAGCUCUCAAUUCCAUCUCUGAUUCCCUCCUCGAAAACUUUCUCUUCCCCACUUCUCCAACUCGCAAGACCAUCACCACUCCACCAAAACCACCUCCCAACCUCGAUCAACAAACCGCCACUGCAGUUACCAAAAUCUUAGCCGUGCAUUGCUCACCGCCUUAUCUGAUCUCCGGUCCUAGAUGCGCCUCUGAAACGAAAGCCGCCUCUCACCUGCGAGAACCAUCACGUACGGGAGCCAUCAUCCGAGAAUCCGUGGUCCAAAUAUACAAAACCUCACCGAAUUGCCGGAUAUUGAUCUGUGCGCCUACAAAUAGCGCCUGCGAUGUUCUAAUGAGAAGUCUGAAGAAGUCAAUCCCUGUUUCAGCCAUGUCUAGAGUGAACGCAGCUUUUCGAGAGAGAGAGGACGUGCCUGAAGAUAUCCUGUCCUCGUGUUUGAUCGAAGAAGAGUGCUUCGGUUGUCCUCCGAUAGCAAAGCUUCGAGAAUUCAAAGUGAUAUUUUCGACAUUCAUGAGUAGCUUUCGUCUCCAUAAGGAAGGACUGCCUGUGGAGCACUUCAGUCACAUUUUUAUGGUGGACGCUUCUUACGGCAUCGAGCCGGAGGCGAUGGUGGUAUUGGCCAACUUCGCUGGAGAAAACACGGCCGUAAUUGUGGCAGGCGAAGUGGGUGGUUCACCGAGUUGGGUGAGAUCGGAGAUUGGAAGAAGGCAUGGAUUGAAGGUUUCUUAUUUCGAGAGACUCAGAAAGUUCAAGCCAUAUUUUGGACUAAAUCCCGAGUUCACUAUGGACUUGGAUAUGAAUCAAGAUGCCGUUUAUAUGUGAUUUUUUUCUUUAAAAAAAAUAUUUAACUGAAUCCAACUUUCGUGUCCGUUUAACUGUGUUACAUGUAAUGAAGGAAAGAAAAAAAUACACUACCGUCUCCAUUUGGUUUUUAAAAAGCAAUAAGGGGGUAUGGGCUUUAGAUCUUUAGUACACUUUAACCAAACACUCUUGGCUAUAGCCAAGGAGAAUUUUUGAUAGAGGAAAUUAUGUAGUAUAUGGCAUUUUUUUUUUAAAUUUCAUAAAUAUGGAAAAAUUAGAGA